AGAUUCGUUUGUUUUUAAUUCCAUCUUGCACUUUAUAUAAUGGAAGAACUCCAUUCAUGGUGGGAAGUACCAGCCAUUGCACACUUUUUCUCUCUUUUUAAAAGUUGUUUUUCACUUUCGGAUUUUACCAUUGAGGAACUUGAAGACGGACUGCUUUGUGAUGGAACAGAUGAAAAAUCAACAUAUUUUAUUUCUCGACUUUUAUCUGAAUUGUUACAGGGUUACUAUGACAACACCAAUAUAACGGUGACAACCUGCCAUGAUUGGCUUCGACGAAUAAUGAAGGAACGCUGGGAAGAAAUCGAAGGCAGGAUUAACCCUUUAUCAUCAGUUGAAGCAGAUUUUCAUGAGCUUCCUCUCAGACUCAAGGUUCAGAUUAUUCAUCGGAUCACAGAAUACAGAUUGGACGCUGUGGACGUUGAAAACAAACUACAAGGUCUGAAUGCUACUGAUUUGAGACUAGAACCUCUCGGCUCAGAUAAGAACGGAGCGAAAUAUUGGUAUUUCUUUGGAGUGAGGCUUUACAAAGAAUCCCCAGCUGAUGAAGAAGAGAAAAAUGAUAAAAUAGAAACCAAAAAAAAGAAGAAAAAGAAAAAACGGAAAAAGCGAAAACUACUGAAUGGUCUUGGGAUUGAUCCUCAAAGUAAAUGGUCCGUUGCUUGUUAUUCUGUCGGGGAUUGGAAGAAAACUGCGGCCAGAAUGAAAGGAACCGAUUCAAGAAGGGAACGAGCUCUCGUGCAACUCAUCACAGAAAACUUUCUGCCAAAUUUACCAAAAAUUGUUGAAGAUAUGGAGCGCCAAAGACUGUUGAAACUACAAUCAGAACCUCGACGUAGCUCUUGUCGAUUACUGGCUCGAAAAUUAUGUGAAGCGGAACAAGAAGCGGAGAAAAAAUGUGCACUGGAGCGUGCAGAAAAAGUUCGAAAAGAAAGAGAAGAGAGAGAACGGACAAGAAGUGACCUCACGACCUUGAGAUUGAAGACCGACUUUGAAAAAAUGUUGCGACUCGAAUUAGAGAGGAAAUGGAAAGAUGAUUCCAACAAGAGAACCAGAGAACUUGCAGAAAAAUCUCAAUAUUCAAGCAGUGGAGAGGAUGAUGACAUUAUGCUGUUCGACCAACAAUUGACGGAAACAUCGCCCGUGACCACCACAUCAACAAAUCUUGGAAAAAGGAAAGUAAAGACAAACGAUUCAACAAAAAAUGGAAAGAAACAGAAAUUAAUGAAGAAAUCAGAACGACGAAAGGCAGAACUAAAGAAAAGCAAGAAAAAACUUGAAUCGCUAGCACCAUCUAGUGUCAACGGGAGAAGGAGAUCAAGUACGAGCACAGGGUCAUCGUGGCGGAAAAAACCAUCCACCGGGUGGGGUAGCAGGAAAAGGCAUAGCGUUGAUUCAACGUCAAGAGAUUCUGAUGACGAUGAGGCUUCGAGUGAAAAUGAUGAGAUUGAUCAGAUUGCCAUGAGAAAGAUCAUAUCUGAAGUCCAAGAACAUCCAGAUGCCUGGCAGUUUGAAUCACCAGUAGAUGAGGAGAUCGCACCAGGGUAUCACUCUAUUAUCAAGAGGCCUAUGGAUUUAUCAGAGAUUGAACGUAAACUCGGGUCGGGGGAGUACGAAUCAUCGCAAGAUUUCAUGUCUGACGUUAUGUUGAUGUUCAACAACUGUCGAUUGUAUAACGGUCCUGAGAGUGAAUACACUGUAGCAACUGAUGAAAUUGAUCAACUUUUCCGAGGUUUGGUGAAGAAACAUCUCCCCCAUGUGACUGUGGAUGACAGCGUUAUUCUUAAACCGGUUCAUUCAGAAUCUUUGAGGAAAACUCGACGCGAAAGUGAAGUUGAAGGGUCCGUGCAAUCCGAUGAUGAUGAGAAUGAAGACUCGACCACGGCUGGGGCAACCACUAGGGCGGCGUGGAAGAGCAACGUAGUUUCGCAAACUGUUGAAGAUAAAAAAACAGUUGUAGAAAAAGUGAGAGGCCGUGGGAGGGGGCGUGGCAGAGGACGUGGUCGAGGAAGAGGCCGUGGACAAAUUGUCAGUCAACCGAAUAAUAUAGGCAGACCAGUUGGUCGUCCAAGAGGUCGGGGUAGGGGCAGGGGGUUGAAGGGUAGAGGUCGAAGGUUAAGUCGGCGUCUUAGUGCACAACGUGAACAUAAUAUCACUGAAAAGAAAAUGUCAGAUGAUGAAAAUGGAGAGGAUGAACAUUCUGAAGACAAUGAACCAACUAAUGAAAACGUGGAACCGUCACGACCUUCAGAUGACUUUGAUAAGGAAAAAGAGUCCGCAGAUGUUGUCAACGAACUUAAACCUGAAACAAAAACUUCACGGCGUUCUUCAUCUUCGAGUUCACGUAAUUCCUCACCUGAUAGAAAUGAUACUAAAACUGAAGAAAACUCCUCGGAAACUAAAUCUAAACCCCAGAACGUUUGGUCGUUGGAUUUCUUGGCUUCUCAGGCUAGAGUUCUGGAGGAACAACAAGAAAGACAGCGACCAACCAGGGGAGACCAGGGUUCAGAAAGAGGCUUGACGCCCAAGAAUAAUAAAAAUAAACAUGAUGAUGUCAUAGAGAAGGUUGAUGAUGUCAUAACAAAACCUGAUGAGGUCAUAACUGAUGAUGCAAAAAUAGAGCAACUGAAAGAGAAAAAAGCAGCAAGUCCAAGAAAGAAAGUCGAUAACGUAGCCGAUGAUGACAUUUAUAGUUUCCGAGAUGACGAGGAUUCAUCUGUGACAGAGAAUCGUUUUAAACGUGCAGGACGUGAGAGUGUUAUCAGUAGUACAGGAGUUGCUUCACCUCCUCAGGCUUUCCCAAUGACACCCGCACCUCUAUAUCCUAUGACUCCCGGUUAUCCACAAGAGUCUCAUAAAUUCCAAUCCCCUACGAGACCCCCAAAACGUCGUUCUAUUGACUCUGUUUCCCCCCCAACGCCAUCAUCAGGCUAUGGAAGCUAUAACGCUACAGGAAGGUCAUCUACCCCUAGUGAGGGAAUCCCCACUUUCAACCCCCCAACUCCAAGAGUCGAAUCCAGCCCAGACAAACCUUUAGACCGAUCUGGCAAUGUUCCUUCAGAAACUGUUCCGAGAAGGCAGAGUUUCCAUAGCGAUAAUUUACCUCAAUCCACUGAUCGUCCACCUACUCCCCCCAAUGCAAAAACUCUUGAAUCCGUAAGUCCUGCUCUUACAGCUUCUAAAUUAGACGAACCUCCGACCUAUGAAAAGUCGAAAGAUACUGUUGUGAAGCCAAGGCCGUUUAGGGCUGUUUCGUCACAUGAUGGUGUCACACCCUCAACACACCCACUCAUCACGCCCUCAACACACCCACUCAUCACGCCCUCAACACACCCACUCAUCGCGCCCUCAACACACCCACUCAUGGAAUCGAGGCCUCGUCCAUUGUCAAUUGACUCAUUGCCACGGCAACAUAGUACAGAAGGUGAUAGUGCGGAUCAUAGCAGACGUUCUAUGGAUCAUGAUAGCAAACCCCGACCCCACCAAGUGUCCAAGCAUCAGACGAUACAUCACCCCCUUCCUAUCACUGCUCAUGCGACUCUUAAAAUCCACAAACCUCCCCCUCUACCUAGCUCAUCCGCAUCUUCAGUUGUGCGACCCCAACAUCCAGUACAAAGAUCGCAGAGUAACCCUACUCCCUACCCUCCCCCACCUAGACCAUCUAUCCCUUCAGCCCCAAUCCGACCCCAAGCCACUAUAUCGCGGCCCCCUGUUGAACCUCCUCGUACUGAAUCACGCCCACAUGCCCCGGCCACACGCUCGAUACCUACCAACAGUAGUAAUGUGCGUCCCCAGAUAAACAACACGCGCCCUCCAGUGUCAAGACCUCAGCCGGCCACUCAAUCAUCUACAACACCGAGGGGAAUUCCCCCACGAUCUGCUCCGAUUUCUACGUCAUCUCGACCCCCAAAUGUGUCUGUCACAAAGGGUCAGGUCACAUCCCGGAAUAGCCCCAGGGCUUAUCCUGAUUACGGAGGGAUUAGUGCUGCUGAACGAUAUUCACAUUCAACAGACAGAGGUUAUGAUCGACCAACCUUGUACAGCGGACAUUCAACGUCUGAAACCAAUAAUUUGCCAAGCCAACAACAGCAUAAAAAUCAUUCAACAGGUUCAACUCCAAUACAUAACCCAACAAUGGCAAGUCUUGGACUCAACUGGGGGAUAGGUGGCAGUACAGAGCCACGUCAGGAGCCAAGAAAAACUUCAUUGCAAGGUCGAAGUUCACUUCCGUCCUCCACAGCAUCUGUUGCUCAACAUGAAGCGGCCGUAAGAUCUCGGCAACGUAGCAAGCAAACCCCGCCCUCAACAACGAUGUCAUCUGGGAGGGUUACAGGUCGACACUCGGUGGCGCAAUAUCCACCUGAUUACAUGGGUUAUCACUUCCCGUCUCAUCACUCACCGUCACCGCAUGAUUUUUCAUCGCAACAGAAUGGCCUGCUCUCUGCUGCCACCAAUCCUUCAUUGCUUCACACUGAUCUAACGGCAUCCGCAACUUUAAGGGUCUUACAACAACAACAGCAACACAAACCAACAGAUAUUCAGUCUCAUGCAGCAGCCGCAGCCCACGCCAGUCAUGCAAGUAUGUUCCUCCAGGCUGGCGGCCACUACCCUGCUGCACCUACACAUACUGAUCAGUACAACAGGCUCGCUACUGCUGCAGCAGCUCAACAGCACCCCCUAGGGAUGUACCAUCAGCCAACGAACGCAGCUCAGAAUCCAUGGUUGCAGUUACAUCCAUCACAAAUGGAUUCCGUUUAUCAGCUAAUGCAACAACACGGGCAGUAUCCGAUCGGAUAUCAUAACAUAUUGCAUAAGUACUAGUUGAGGCUCAGCAUGAUAGAGAUGAUCAUAUGCAGGGAUGUCCAGAUCGAAUCAUCAUUCAAAAAUUAAUUAUGUCGGUUAUAACAUUCUUGAAUUAAAGAUAUUCUGGUUUGAAAUUGGUAAUUCCUUGCAAUUGAAAUAUCUGAUAAACCGUCAAGAUUUCACAAAAUCGCUCCUGAUAUAUAAAUCUUUGUCCAACAUAAUCUGUUUUUCUUUGCCAAUUUGACAUGGAUUUCGAAUUGUAUUUGGCUGACAAUGUCUGAAGGUGCUUGCUGUUGGUUUGGCAAAGUGGGAAUGUCCUCAAAAGCAACUGCUAUAUACAAAAUACGUUAUGUGGCGUCUGAUCACAAACUACUACCAUUGUCUGGAUUCAUUGGUUUGAGAAUCAAGUAUAACAUUGGGCGACUCGUUUUGUGAGAUUAUUUCAUACCGGCUGAGAAUAUACAAAAUAUUUUCUUAAUUUCAAGUGCUUUUUCACAACAAGUAAUAUUAUAUUCAUAUUAUGUUAGUCUGAUUGAGUUACUCACUGUUAAAACUCGGGCAGAUCUAACUUUCAUUUUCCCAUGUUUCUUCCACUGAUGAUCUUAGGUUAUUUUGGUAUUUAUGGGUUGUGUGUAUGGAUGUGUGAUAUCCCUCUAAUUCUGGGGAGCAGAAUGACCCGAACGCAGAAUAAAUAAAGAAAAUCUUAUCAUUUUAAGUCCCAUCCAGACCUGACAUUGCAUUCUUGCUCAUUUUAAUAUGCGAUUAUCAUGCUUUAUGGUAUUUCCUCUGCGCUCCAGAAGUGUGUGUACCAAUAUGGAAGUAAUUAAAUUUUUUCGUCUACUUUACAUAAGUUGUAUAAUAAAUGGACUGAAGCCUAGGGGCAGGGGUAUAUUAACUUGGCACAGUUCUUGAACUUGUAAUAAAACUGAUGAAAAUCAGACUAAAAUCAUGGCCUAACCCUAACCUGGUACACACACUACUGGAGUACCAUUUCCUCUCUUCAAUAAAAUGUUCCUCCACAUUAUCACAGACCAGAUUUGAGGUUUUUAUCGCAGUAUUCCUUUCCCCUUAGAUAAAUUUGGAAAUUUAUUGUUUGAGAAAGUUAUAAUUUACCUGCAAUCCUGAGUAUUUUUUUUAUUAUGAAGUUCGUGCCAUUUUCAUAUUAUUUUAUAUUUUUAAUCCUGCACUAACCAUGAAAUGUUCUUGAUCAUCGAUUUUCUGAAUUUUUAUAUUAGAAAUCAAAAGCAUGACUGAUACUUGUUUUAAGUGAAUGAAAAGUUUUCAUAGCAUUAGAUUUUUCAAUGAAAACAAGGAACUCUCAAGGUAUGUGAACCAAGAUGGCGGACACCGGAGAGUAGUAUGUGUACCAGGUUAGGCCAUAAUUUCAGAUACAAAUACCACCGGAGACACUUGGCUGGUCCUCGAACUCAUAAUAGAACUAAAUUUGGAAUAAAAUCAUGGCCUAACCCUAACCUGGUACACAUACUAUGUUCUAGUGACCACCAUCUUGGUUCACAUACUUCGGGAUCGCCGAAAACAAAAGUAGCAAAAGCUCUUCAUUAAUUCAUUACUCAUUCACUUUGAGCACUAGUCAAGCAUUCAUAUAACAGUCAAUAACUUGCUUAUAGUUUUGCGAUAGAAACCUCUUUCCACAUAGUAGUGUUAAGAUUAUGACUAGACUCUGACAAUGUGUGAUAUUGUUUAUAUAAAAAAGACAUGUUUUCAAUCUAUUGUCCCCAGCCUAUGCAUGUGCCACUCUUCUAGAUGAAAAAAAGUUCAUGAACCUGUAUUCAGUUUUAAGCUAUGUAGAGGUUUGGGGUAGGGUUUGUAAAUUUUAAGUUUUAUCGCUUUUUACUCAUUCGUGGAAUCACCCAUCAUUUGUUUUUAUCAUGAGAAAACAUGUAACGGGACAUUUCUGUGGAUGAAAAUUUAAUGCUUUCGUACACUUUCAGGUCUUUUUGUUGUCAAAUUU